AUGGGAAGAUUCAGAAGUUCUUCAGAAAUUCAAAACAGCGAUUACUUGAACAAAGGGUUUCGAAAACUUCUGUGAAUCAAUAAUUGUUUCAAAAAACGUUUGAACUCUUGAGUUUUUUGAUAAACUAAUAUGAUUCGCAACUUUCAGAACUGGAUGCGUCGGUAAAGCCGGUCGAGCCACGUCUUUCGUGACGGACGAAGACCGCCCGAUCCUUCCCACCUUGCGACAGCUUCUUGUGGACGCCGAACAGGUCGGAUUCAUAAUUUGAAAGCCCGCUUUACGUUCAUUCCUAACUGUAUCCAAAAUAUUUACACUGAUAAAGAAAGAUCUUUGAGCAAUGAGAAGCCAAAAUGAAAAUUCAAUAAGUUUAUCUCAAUAACAAAUCAUAAAAUACGUUUCCUUAAACUUUGUGUUGAACUAACAAAGAAAAAAAAUAAAAGGAAAAAAAAAACGUUUGAAAAACCACGUGAUCGACGUUUCAAAGGUAGUCAGUUUUUAUAGAAUCCGGGCCGCGGAUCACCGCUCUCGCGAGAGGAUCUCGAGCAGGGUGAGGAUUUCGAUUAUUAGUUUCUAUAAGUAAUUUGAAUAGUUAUUUGCCUUGCAUUCGGAGGAUCAUCAUUAAAUACGUAAACUUUAAGAAAGAUUUUAUGUAAAAAAUAAUUCAUUGUCUUUUUGUUCAAAAAAAACAGGCCUUUGAUGUCAGCUCUCUCAGACAUUGUUAUCGCGAAACGGACGUUUCGAGGGCAUUUCUAGUGACCACUUUAGAAGCGUUAGCAUUCUCAAGUUAUCCCUAGAAAUGCUCAGACACUCCCGGUUUUUGUUACCGAGGCUCAAACUAAAGUUUUCCAAAAUUCAACUAGGGACAGUUUCAUAUUGAAAAAAUUCGUUGAAACAAACUCAUUUCAAAUAAAACAAACGGCUUUCCGUUUCUGAGCGAGUCGAGAAAAUCUUAAAAGGUUGGUAGACGUGUUGGGGUUGAAUCGUGAGCUUUUCAGUUCUGACGACUCAUUUUCAGUCGCCUACGACGAUCUCAAAAGGUUGCGCGCUUCUGCCACUGCCGAAGAGAAGCGGCUUCCGGAGCUGUUGGAGACCGAACACGCAGAGAUGGCGAAUCUCCUGAACGCCGAAGGGCUCAACUACUACUACUGGUUCAACAGUUCGUUUUUCCUCUUUCUUGACACUCUCGACACUUUGCAGACUUAA